AUGCAAGUUUACAAAGAUGCCCAGCAGUUCUUAUUGCCGUCCCAAAAAAAGGGGUCAUUGCAGUCCCGAGUGUUUGACACAUGCAACAAUUCCAAAUAUAUCAAAUCAAAUCCAAAGCACCUUUUUGCACUAGUUUCCUCGACUUUGAAGUACAAGCCUUUCAUUCAACAGAUUAUGAAGAAGACUAAAAUAAUGCAACUUGAGAAAAAGGCUAAAAUACCAGAGCCUAUCUUUAUAUUAAUGAUUCAUGAUUUGCUUUUCUCGAAAUCCAAACGUAUUCAGAGCAAACAACAUCAAUGGAAGGAUGCGAUCAUCAGGAACCGAGCCAGAUUAGAAGCAGAACUUGCAAGAAUGAAAAUAAAGCAUGGUGUAAAAUCAUUGGAUGAGUUAAUUGAAGAUGAUGAUACUCCCGUUAGGUGGUUCAGAACCAAUAUGUUGAAGACAAAUACCGAGUCUUUAUUACGAGAGUUCUCACAUCUAAAGAAAGUUGACUCCCUCAAAGAGAUUAUGUCUCCAGGGGUAAUCUAUCACGAUGAAUAUAUUCCCAACUUAUUCGGCAUUCAUCCAAAAGAGAAGCUUACCUCUACAGAUGCUUAUAAACAGGGGAGACUGAUUAUUCAAGAUCGGGCAUCCUGUUUCCCGGCGCAAAUACUUAAUCCCGUGCCCGACAAGGAUAAAGUGAUUGAUGCAUGUGCAGCUCCAGGAAAUAAGACAACACAUUUGGCUUCUUUGUUGCGUAACUCUAAAAGAUCCAUUGUGGCGUUCGAGAAGGACAAUAAACGUAUAAAGACUAUUCGAAUGAUGUGUGAAAAAGCCGGAGGACUUGACUGUAUUACUAUCCAUCAUGCAGACUUUACAACUACACGUCCUGCUGAUUUUCCUGAGAUCACGGGAAUGUUGGUAGAUCCAUCGUGUUCGGGAAGUGGGAUCUUUGGACGGGCCUUUGACGAGCAGGAAGAGAUCAGCGAUGAGGAGGCAAAAGAAAAACUGGCUGAAAGAUUAUUGAAAUUGAGCUCUUUCCAAUACAAAAUUGUCAAGCAUGCACUAAGCUUCCCUGGUGUCCGUCAAGUGGUUUACAGUACCUGCUCGAUACAUGAUGAAGAAAACGAAGGGGUUGUAAAAAAGUUACUGGAAGAUCCAGAUGUCCAACAACAAGGGUGGAAAGUUAGUAAUAGAGCCGACGUUCUACCGACAUGGCCAAGAAGAGGACACCCUGACGCCUUUGAAGGUUUGAGUAAUAAAGAAGAAUUAGCAGAAGGUUGUGUCAGAACGAUACCUAAAGUUGAUGGUGGUAUUGGUUUCUUUGCGUGCUCUUUUGAGAGAGAUCAGGGGAAUCAAGGUGUUAGCAAGGGGAGUAAAAAGGAAGAAGUGCGUGAUAACGCCAAUGACGAUGACGAUGAUGUUGACGAUGACGAUGACGGAGAGGAAUGGACAGGAAUCGAAAAUUAG